AUGGCAUCACCAGAAGCGACCGAGGCAGAGCAAGAGCUCUUCUUUGUCAGUCUCAACCAAGACAAGCCAAUCACAGCGAUACUUUUGCAUGGUCUACUUAACUCACAUCUUGAGUGGUCCUACGUGAUUCCUUGCUUAUCCGACUAUCACAUCAUUGCCCCCGAUAUCAGCGAGCGGGUGGCGCUGCUCAUUCGGCGACACGCACAUGACGGCCGGGCCCACGUUGUCGGUCUCUCCAUGGGUGCUUUCAUCACUCUCCGUAUCAGCCGGCAACAUCCGGAGCUGGUCCUCUCUGCCAUUGUCACCGCGGGGCACCCCAUGGAGGGCCACUGGGCAUGGGUUGUCCGCCAUCCGAGCAUUACCUACUACGCUAUGUUAGUGCUUCUCGGGCUGGUACCGGCAUGGCUGUAUAUGCUCGUGGCUGUCAAAGGCCGCGGCAUGCGUCGUCACAAAGAACUACUGGAAGAGAUGCGGCAUAAUAGGAGAUGGGAAGUGAUUUGCGCUGUGGACACGGGACUCUUGGAGCUCAAAUGGGAAGACAUCAGGACGCUACCAGUCAAAACGCUGGCGAUUGCGGCAGAAGGCAUUGACGAUGUUGAGGCGGUGAGGAGAAUGGGUAGGGAAAUGCCCAUUGAGGGCUCACUGGGUGCGGUAGUCAGAGGAGCAGUGCAUACGUGGAAUUUGCAGAAGCCAAAGCUAUUUUCUGAUGUGGUUAGAGCGUGGAUUGAGCAAAGCGCGUUGCCUGAACGCCUCAAGAUCUUGAAGUGA